AUGUGGAUGAUUCACCCGAACAUACCGUCUCCCGCGGCCUUAGCUGCUGCAUCUUCAGAUACUACGCCGCAUCCGCCGCGAACAGAAUACUUGGCGACUCUUGCUCGACAUACGGGCGUUGUCAAUGUUGUUCGUUUCUCUCCUUUUGGUGACAUGCUUGCCUCAGCUGGUGACGAUGGGAAUGUGCUCUUCUGGGUCCGUCAGGAUCUGAGUAGGAAUCAUUUUGGACAGACUCCCUUUUCUGUGUCGAACGUGGAUGGCGUGCACGACAAAGAGUGUUGGCGGGUACGGCUCAUGACACGUACUACUCCUCUGGAACUGUAUGACUUGGCAUGGAGCCCUGAUGCUGACUUCGUUGCCGCCGGAGGCACAGACUUUUCUGUUCGACUUCUGCGAGUGUCAGACGGGACGGUUAUUCGAGAGAUUUCUGAUCAUCAACAUUAUGUGCAAGGAAUAGCGUGGGACCCAUUGCAUCAGUACCUCGCGACACAGAGUAGCGACCGUUUCAUGCACGUGUAUGAACGGCAGAAAGAACAGGAUUCUUCUAUUGAAAUGCGCAUUGUAUCCCGCAAUACCCGCUCGGAUAUGCAAAGCCGGUCUGUCUCUGAAGCUCUAUCAAGCGUUGACGCAGCGGCGCCAGCACCGGCCCCUGCGUUCAGCAACGUAUGCACAUCAGCUGCUGCCUCGGAUGCACAACUCCCCCCUAUCGACGUGCCUGAAUGCUCAACUUGCUCACAACACGCACCUUCUUCAGUUUCAUCUGACCAGGCCCAGAAACUAUAUGGUGACGAUCGGUGUACAAGCUUCUUCCGGCGUUUGGACUUUUCUCCCGAUGGUGCUCUACUUGUGACGCCAACGGGGCAGUUUUAUCCGCUUUCUGCAACUGAAGCGGGUAGUAAGAAUACGUCAAUGUCCAAUGCCGUCUAUAUAUACGGACGUGCAAAUCUAUGUCGUGCUAAUGUGCCUAUUGCGGCCCUGCCUGGCCACAAAACCACCACCAUUGCCGUGCGUUUCUCGCCCAUUCUGUAUCGAUUGCGGUCCUCCUCAUGCAGUACCAGUAAAAGCGUGCCAUCAACAGCACAGCCUUCCAAAGACGUGAGCGAGGCGCACACUUCGUCGGAUACACCUCGGCCCACGAGUAUGUUUGGUUUGCCGUACCGAAUGAUCUAUGCUGUUGCCACACAAGAGAGUGUUUGGGUCUAUGACACACAGCAGGCUGGCCCGCUGUGCUGCUUUAGCAAUCUGCACUAUGCAUCCUUCACAGAUUUAGCCUGGUCACCAGAUGGCCAGUCGCUUAUGAUGUCUUCCUCUGACGGUUACUGCUCAUUGGCUGUUUUUGAUUAUCACGAGCUAGGACGGCCUUAUCAGUACAGUGAUCAGCCAUCCUUAACCCGAACACCGAGUCGCACCUCUGGCUCCGUGGCUCCUAUACCCAGUUUUGAGCCUGCGCCUGCGAAGUUGCCUGCAUCUUCAACCCCUUCUAAAGACGCGGAGCCGAAGAAAAAGCGUCGCGUGGCUUUGACGUACGAGGGCCCUUUAUCGUCUUCCCAGUAG